UUGUGGUCUGUCAGAUUGGUGCCGGUGGUGGUGGAGGUUGGGGCGCGCUGUUAAAUAAUUAUGGGCCAACGUAGGUACAACAAAAGUUGUACGAUAUGAUUUUAACAAGAUAUGAAGACCGUUCGAGUCGAUCAAGAAAGUCUACAGUUGUGUAGAGGUCUACUGUUCCAAGAAUCAUGUCUGGUGAGGGCCAGCAGCUGCUGCAGCUGAUGCAGCAGCUGGUACGCUCCAGCAGCGACAAUGACAUCAGGGCUGCCGCAACCAAGCUCAGCAACACAGUCCUGGCAGCAGGCUGCUCGGGCUGCCGGUCAGUGUGUGACCUGUUCCUGGCGGGGGACGGUCAGCUGGUGCAGCGCUACGUCGCCACCAUGAAGGGUGUCUCAGACACACAGAGUCUAGUCCAUCUCACCAACGUGCUCGCCGAGUGUCUCAAAGACAAAGAGUGCACAGGAGAGGUGUGCCGUCGUCUGACGGACUCGGGCGGUACGGAGGUGGUGGUGGCCUCCCUCCGUUCGCUGGGCCCGGCCAGCCAACAGUACCAGACCGUCACCGCGCUCUACACUAUACUCUACAAGAUCGGGAAAAAGGACCCACGGUUUGCGGUCCGUCUCCGUCUGUGCGGCGGUCUGAAGGUGCUGCUCCGCCGGCUCCAGGAUAACGCCCAAAAGUGCCGCAUCUGCGUCCCGGCACUGCAGUGCGUCAAACUGGCCGCCGGAAACGACCAGAACGUCUCUGUCUUGGGCCGCGGUGAAGCGGUAGAACACCUCUGUCGCCUGGUGCCCCACCUCUGGAACAUGUCCGGACUCAAACAGCAGCUGACGCUAGAGUGCACGGCGCGACUCAUCAGAAAUAGAAUGAACCGUCGGCGACUGCUGAAGGAGAACGUGAUCCCGCGCCUGCUGCCGCUGCUGCAGCCGCGCCACAAGCUGGAGAAGAAGACGCAGUACAACGUGCAGAAAGCCGUGCUGAACAUCGUCUUCGCUCUCGCCGACCUAAGUGAGUCCCGGGGCCCGGGGGCCACUUCUGCCGACCUCAGUGAGUCCCGGGGCCCGGGGGCCACUUCUGCCGACCUCAGUGAGUCCCGGGGGCCACUUCUGCCGACCUCAGUGAGUCCCGGGGCCCGGGGGCCACUUCUGCCGGGACCGUGAGGGAGGGCUCCUGCAUGCACCGACGCACCGUCUCUGAUUCAUUUGUUCACGGGUCUAGUGGAACCUUUUUUUCCAAGGUCCCAAUACCACAAUAUCACCCGUCCUUGGUCUAGGAAAGUGAACCUCGAAAUUGAGCCGCCCGUUAGACGUAGCUCUGCAGGUGAUCAGUCGCCCAGUUUAGCCACUAGAGGGCAGCAGUGACCGGCCGCUGAGCCGGAGCCUCGGUGGCUGACCACCAGGUGGCAGUCGUGUACCGUGGCGGCAGGUAUACCUCAGAGCUGCUUGGCUCAUCGCCGGCCCAAGACAGACGUUGACCCGUCCGGUCUAGGUUUGGCAGGCGAUCCGUAUUAUUGCUUUAAAAAAGAUUAAAUGCUCGACGAAGCAUAUAAGAUAGUCACCUAACAAUGGAACAUCUUUGGAGUCUGUUAUAACUAGUGAUGUCAAUUACAGAAAAUCGGAAUACCGAUACCAAACCAAACACCAAUCAAAAUCGUGAGGAAAUACCGAAACCGAACCAACUUGGGAACAUGAGGAAAAUACCAACUUUUUUACCAAUUCCUCGGCAUCUUAUAGGUACAUUAGUGAGAUUUCAUAAUACCAACAAAAUACCAAACACGUUAGGAUUAAAAUACCAAAAAGCAAGUUGGUAUCGGUUUGGUGUCGGUAUACCAAAAAGUUGGUAUCCGUUUGACAUCUCUAGUUAUAACCCAUUUUAUUCAUUCAGAAUGAUUCCCUCGAAGUCGCUCGAGGCGAUAUUUUACAGUCGUGCUCACGUUUAUCCGCUGCGUUCCUUGCUGGCUCUCAUCGUUCCACUUAGGCCAGUCAGCCGCUCUUGUUGUGUUGCUGUCUGUGGUGCAGCUGCUUCUGUCAUUGCCUAUUCCGAUUGUGAACAAUAGCAGGGUAUGCCUAGUUUUUCACUCGUUUGUAAUGCUUCAUAUCAUUUUAGUCGCAUGCUCGUCUAUACCCUUUUCCGAACUGUGUGCCGUGUGCAUUUGAAUAAACGGAUGCCCAUAUUUUCA